AUGAGUGCACAAGAGCCUCCCGUGCUGCUCGGGGUGGCUGCUGAAGAGUUACCCCGAGACCAAUCGAUGGAGUACCACAACAGGCAGUCGGCGGCUUCCGUGAGGCCGGCGCUGAAGCCGCUGAAGCCGAGAGGAUUUCGGGCUCUCGUUGGCUUGGAGAAUAUGGCACGCCGAACCCUGGGAAUCUUCCUGCUGCUAGUGACAGUGAUUCUGUGGACCGCGUCCAACUUCUUGGCCAGUUAUAUAUUCGCAGACAAAACCUACUCCAAGCCCUACUUCGUCACCUAUAUCAAUACCUCGUUCUUCGCCAUCUCGUUGAUCCCCAUAUUCCUCCGGAUAUCUCAUGAACAUGGCUUCUCACAUAUCAAGAACUCCUUGGUGAUAUUUUGGGAAGGCAAGGGAGAUUAUGCGCCAGUUGGAAGCAAGCCUAGGGACGAUGACGAAGUCGAAGACUCCAUGUCAGCUUCUCAGACCCGACUUCUGGUGGACAAUGAUGUCGGUCCAGCUCUGACAUUGACGGGAGAGCCUCAACCUCCGGAAGAAAUGCUCAGUGUACCAGAGACGGCAUGGCUCAGUCUGGAGUUUUGCCUUCUUUGGUUUGGAGCCAAUUAUCUGGUUGCGGCUUGCUUGGAAUAUACCAGCGUGGCCAGUUCUACGAUCUUGACAUCUACGAGCAGUAUCUGGACACUGGUCUUCGGGGCUCUGGUGCGGGUCGAGCACUUCUCAUAUAAGAAACUCAUUGGAGUUUUGGCAUCCUUGGCUGGGAUUGUUUUGAUCUCAUCAGUGGAUCUUGCUGGUGAGGAUAACGACGACAAUCGUGGGAACUUUCCCCACAAGUCACAAGGAGAGAUAGCAAUCGGAGACGCCAUGGCUUUCGGAAGUGCUGUUAUGUACGGCAUCUACACCGUUGUCAUGAAAAAGAAGAUUGGGAAUGAAGACCGCGUGAACAUGCCACUAUUCUUUGGACUGGUUGGGCUUUUCAAUGUCAUUUUCAUGUGGCCGGGCUUUAUCAUACUUCACUAUACUGGAGUUGAAGAGUUUGGUCUGCCACCUACUGGGAAGAUAUGGGCCAUCGUACUGCUGAACUCGGCAUCGUCUUUCAUCAGCGACUAUGCUUGGGCUUACGCCAUGCUCCUCACAACUCCGUUAGUGGUAACAGUGGGACUAUCCAUGACAAUCCCACUGUCAUUGAUCGGUCAAAUCAUCCUCAACACUCAAUACUCCAGCGCGUUGUAUUGGGUUGGGGCUCUUGUCGUCCUCCUCUCGUUCUUGUUCAUAAACCACGAGAGCAAGGAGGAUCAGCCGCGGCCUAUCCGUGAAGGUGUUGGCAUCCCGUUGGAGUAUGCUGAGCUGGAAAAGACACUAAAAGCAGACCCGGUCGCAAUAGAGACUGGAUAA